AUGUCAUCGAAAUUCUGCAUGUUUUCGUUUGAGGUGAUCGAUUUUCACGAGCAGAAAGAAGUGAAUGGUAUUAAAUUUUGGUGCCAUGUGGCGGGUCAUGUUUUGGGUGCAUGCAUGUUCAUGAUCGAGAUCGCCGGCAUCCGAAUCCUCUACACCGGUGAUUUCUCGAGAAUCGAAGAUCGGCAUUUGUGUGCGGCUGAGUUGCCAUCGGUUUCGCCGGAUGUGUUGAUCUGUGAGUCGACAUAUGGCACGCAGAUCCAUGAAAGUCGCGAUGAAAGGGAAAAAAGUACUGUUCACGAGAUUGUUGGACGUGGUGGUCGUUGCCUGAUACCGGCAUUCGCACUUGGACGAGCACAGGAGUUGCUGCUAAUUUUGGACGAAUAUUGGGAAGCACAUCCGGAAUUACAAGAUAUUCCUGUCUAUUAUGCAAGUUCAUUGGCGAAGAAAUGUAUGGCAGUGUAUCAGACGUUUGUAAGUGGAAUGAAUUCCCGCAUACAGAAGCAGAUUGCGCUGAAUAAUCCAUUCGUUUUCAAGCAUGUUUCCAAUUUGAAAUGUACUGCCAGUUUUGUGAAAUCAGGGCAACGUGGUGCUACCUAUGGCCUGAUUUACCUGCCGAUUCAUUAA